CGGCAAUCUAGUGCCAGAAUCGUUGUGUGAAGCUCUUAAGCUCGGAGCCAAACACAACUGAAGGUGCCAUCCAUACAGAGGUUUGUCUCGCCAUUUGUCGACCACCAAGUCACCAAGCAAACAUCUCAAGUCAAUCCGAUCCGACAUCGCAUGAAACUGAUGCACAAUCGAAUGGUCAUCAUCCGCUGCUGCUAUUUAUAAAUGCUGUGUUAUUGAAGCCAUACCCCGCACACUUCCUUGAGGAAGAUAAAAAAAGUGAACCUCUUUCUGUCAAGCUAAAGAGCUGCAAUCGAAUUCCCGUUUUUAUCAUAUUACAUCUUUUCCUCCAAAGUCAUCAAGGACAGUCAUACGCCUCUCGUCAUUAAAUAUUUCACUUCAGGAUAUACUCCAUUUAACAUUCUGCUAAGGAUCACAUCUUGUGUUAACACUUAGAGUUACAUGUUUAACCUUAAUAAUAGUCUGUCUAUAAACGCAGUGUAACCCUGUUCGGUACCAUGGACUAUAAAUUAUCCGUUUCAUUCCCCUUUUUAUGCUAAACUGUAUUACCUACUGAUUUCUUCCAGGGGAACUUCCCUACCCAAACUAUACAUCACAAUGAGCAUAUUGCAUCUUGGUUGGAUAUCAAUUGAGCGUACAUAUUAGGUGUUUGAAGGGGACGUCUGACUGGCUAAUUACAGGGAGUUAAACCUAAUAUCGAACUACCCCCGAAGUAAUAGGAAGAGACCAAUUGCACCAAUAACUGACCUAUCGUGUCAUCUCGAUUCUUCACUCCGCCUCGCACUUCAAACAACAGUAUACUGUGUGACAACUGACAGUCCGACUGCACAACCACAGAUCGCAAUAUGUCUUCUCCUAUUUCUGCCCUGGUUAUCCUGGUUCUAACAGUGAUAACCAGUAUCGUGGGUUCGCCAUUAAGAAGUGAGAAAGACAGAUGGCUCGAGGCGAUGGGUCUAGCUGAUUCUCCAGGAAUCUAUGUAGGACCAGGUCCCGUUGACCUAGAAUCCAGUGGUGACUUCGGAAGCAUACUCGGCAGUUUACAAGGCAGCGGUGAUAAUCCAUCAGAACCAGUUAGGCAAGAUGGAUUUGAUCUCACUGAUAUUUUGAUCGCAGUGGACCAUGAAACAGAUCCAGUUUCCUUUAUUCCAUCGAGUGAAAGCAGCAGUAGCACCAGUAGCAGCAUGAGCAGCAGCAUUAUCGAGGCAUCUUUGAGCGAAUAUGAUGGUAUUGACUCCGAAGAGGAGGUCCACAUCGAGGAGUCUACGAACAACAAAUAUGAUGGCGACAACGAGCUCGGGACUGGAGCUAUUGACGGCCACAACCAGAACACCUUUGAUAACAACAUGCCAUUCCACCCAAACGCUAUACCCGAUGCCUUCCAGAAUGGCGCUAACGCUGAACUUGGACCUGAUAAGGAGAUCAACAAGAUUUCCACACGGGCAAAGGCUAAUCCUAAUCCAAAGGGAGUGAAGCCACACCCCAACAUAGCCGGAGAGAGGGAAAAGUCGGCUGUUGCAGGGAAGGGGAACGCACCCCCAAAUGUCCUGAAGUACACGGCUGUAAUAGGUGUUGUAAUGGUUGCUGUGGCUGUCGGCAUGGGGGCUCUAUUGAGUGCGAUAGGACUUGGAGCCGUAAGACUUAUCAAAAGAGUUCGGAAACCUAAGGCAGAGGAGGCAUGAUAAUCGCGUCAAUCUUUCUUGAACAGUAUUCACUUUUUAUUUUUUUAAAUAAAUAAAGCUGCGUUGAUAACGAUGUAUUUCACUUUGUAAUGGAUUUUUUUUUACUUCCGAACGUUAUAAAGCAAUCCCCUAUAUACCACCGUCAAUUAGAUAAAAAAAACGUCGGAUGUAUUUGUAUGACGGCCUCUUUGCUCGCCUAAAUUCAUUUUCUGCUACAAAGAAUUAGUUAUCAUAAAGUACACUAAUUACAUUCACAAGGUGG